UGAUGUCAGAACCAGGAUAAUAAAUCGAUUUGUUUAUAGGGCUCGUCAACAGUGAGUAAAAACAGUAGAUUUUUUAAAAUUCUCGUUAUUUUUUCAUUUUUUGGAAGCAUCGGCAGGAUGUGACGCACUAAUGAUGUCAGAACCAGGAAGUUCCAACAUUGUCCACUUUGCUCACUAGACGUACUCGAAAGCUAAUAUUGCUCAUCGGCUAUUCUAUUUGCAAACAAAGUGAUACAAUCGUAGUUCUUAUAUUGGAGUAUUACUCCAUUUUGUACAUUUUUAUUCUCGCUUAUCCGUGGACCCAUUUUUUAAACCUAGAAUGUAUAUUUUUUUGUUUGUCUUAGCUAGUUAGCUAAGAAGCUAACGGCUAGUUAAGGUUGUUUUGAUUAGUAAUCACGUUGUAUCGAUGGUGUCUGGUCGCUGUUUUCGUAGUUUAAACCUACACUGAAAGGCUUUUAUGCACCAUUGUUUUUUUAUUUAUUGAAUGAGUUCAACGAUAAGAAGAUAAAGAGUGGACGUCUGGUGAGCUGGCGAAGCUCCCGGUGAAUCGGAACCAAUGCGUGGGAUGAUGGGGACACAGAGCAGCCCUGUCAAGAGUUACGAUUAUCUCCUGAAGUUCCUUCUGGUGGGAGACAGCGAUGUGGGAAAGGGAGAGAUCUUGGAAAGUUUGCAAGACGGUUCAGUAGAGUCGCCCUAUGCCUACAGCAGUGGGAUUGAUUACAAGACAACCACAAUUCUGCUGGAUGGGAGAAGAGUGAAGUUAGAGUUAUGGGACACAUCAGGGCAGGGCAGAUUCUGCACCAUCUUCCGGUCUUAUUCUCGUGGAGCACAGGGUAUUUUGCUUGUAUAUGACAUCACUAACGAGUGGUCGUUUGAUGGCAUCGACCGCUGGAUCCGGGAAAUUGAUGAGCAUGCCCCAGGAGUACCCAGGAUCUUGGUGGGCAACCGCCUUCAUCUGGCUUUCAAGCGGCAGGUUCCAACAGAGCAGGCGAGGGCUUAUGCAGAAAAGAACAGCAUGACUUUCUUUGAGGUCAGUCCACUCUGCAACUUCAAUGUCAUCGAGUCCUUCACAGAACUUUCCCGCAUUGUGCUGAUGAGGCACGGGAUGGAGAAAUUCUGGAGGCCCAACAAAGUCUUCAGCCUCCAGGAUCUGUGCUGCCGCUCCAUCGUCUCCUGCACACCCGUGCACCUUAUCGACAAACUGCCCCUCCCUGUUGCCAUCAAAUCCCACCUCAAGUCUUUCUCUAUGGCCAAUGGCAUGAAUGCAGUCAUGAUGCAUGGACGCUCCUACUCAGUGGCCAACAGUGCAGCCUCGGGUGGGGGCAGUGGAAGCAAAGCAAACAGCCUGAAACGGUCAAAGUCCUUCAGGCCUCCUCAGAGUCCUCCAAAGAACUCCUCCUCAUCCUCUAAAGGGAACUGUAAGAUCUCAUAGUGAAGGAGCAGACGUAUGGUUUCUUUCACAGUGCCUGGAUUAAAGGUGUUAUUGCUCCAAGGGGUCACAAGGCAACCGAGGAGCAGGAGAGCCAACAGGAAUCUUCAGCUGCAGGGGAAAUAGCUGUGAACUUACACUGACCUUUGGGAGCUGACUUGGGUGGUUGGAUUGGUUUCUGUUCUCUUUGCGCUUGCUGGUGCCAUCUUGUGGAUGUCCGCUUACCUGUAUGCAGAGACUUACUGUAAUCAAGUGGAACAAGAUUUCCCUGGGACCAACAGAUGUGAAUCAAGGACCGUCACGUCACUCUCCUUUCAACACUACAAGCGAGUGUGGGGACAUUUGGAAAAUAGAGGGUUUACGUAUUUAAAGUGGGACUUGAAGUUGUAAAUAAGCUGUGUCUGCUCAGUGUUUUGGUCGGUGUCUGGUGUUUGAUCUUGGAGAGGAGCUUCUUUCACUCGUUAUGUCCUGAAUGUUUUGGAGACGUGCUUUAGUGUACAACUUCUGUGUGUCUUAAUCCCCUUUGUCUACUGUAUAAACGUCCCUUUGCAGCCUCAAGGGUGCUGAGCUACUUGUUUAAAACUCAGAUUAGUUUUAAAUAAAGCUGGCUGAUAUUGAAUGUCAUAACAAGAGCAGGGCUAUUUUCCCAAACGGAUCUGUAAUGAAACAUGUUGAACGUUUAAAACAAGUAAUACAACCACUUAAGUCUAUAUAACUCAAUCUGUGAAACUGUCCAGCCAAGUCGAGCCUUUUAAGACUUCCCGUGUUGCCCUUAAAUCCCAGUGUGAAUGAAUCUACUCUCCAUCACCACAAAUCAUCCUUUUGAACAUCUGUUUACUUUCUCAGGCCGUUUAUGCCUCCUAGUCUAACAUCCUUGGUUCUACUAUUCCUGAAACCAUUACGAUCAAUUUGAAGCUACAGUUUUUUGAGAUUGCUCGGUGCUGAUGUACAAAUUGUUUCCUCGGUAUCGGCGUUUCGCCUCCAACAACUGCUGUAAUAACGUCUUGGUUCUUUAUUUGUGAGCUGUGUCUGGUUGGAUGUGUUUGUAUUUGCAACGUAUUUAUGAAUGUAAAAUAAUAAUCAUCUUCUUUUCUGUGGUGAAAAUGCGGGGAAAAGAAUCAAGUGGGAAGUUGUCAGGUGCAUCUGGUUCUUUGAUAUUUUAUUAAGUGUUGCUAGUAUUCAUACCUCUGAUGCUCCAGCUGUUUCUUAUUUUCUAAAGAGGUUAGAACAGAAGAAAAUUAGAUAUGGAUAUUUUUUUAAAUAACUGUAAAAUAUACAGAAAUACUUUUCUUCUUAUAAAUUCUCACUCUUCUUUCCACCUCUGGUAACAUGUGCUGUAUUUCUACUUCAACAUCCCCGGUGUGUUGGCUGGAUGUCUGUGCUUAAAAGGGCAUAAAACUUGGUGCAUGUUUUCUACUGGCGCCUGCUGUCUGUAAUGUAUUUGGACCAGUACAAGAGGCUAACAGAGGUGAUGAGUGACCAUUAAAAGCACUAUGUGUACACGUUUUAUAAUGAUUGUUAACAGAGCUGUCUACAGGUUUGGAUACGGGAUCAAUUAUAACUUUGUCUACAUUGCAAACAGUCAAAUAAAAAGUCAAACUAAAAGCU